CUCGGGCCGUGCUGGGGCCGCCCCUGCGCCGCACGCACUGCCCUGCGUGCCGGGGCCCAGGCGCAGAGCCGCACUGCAGACUGGGCUGGACACAGUAGCAGCAAUGCUGCAGCUGCCUCUCUCCUAGCGUUGAGCACGGCUGAUAUAACAUGGGGUAUCCCAGGCGCUGGCCGGGGGCUGCCCUUGCCCUCCUGCUGCUACCGGUGCUCAACCUCCUGGCACUCUGCUUGGCAGCACUGGAGGAACUGCACCCCACCACUGACGGGCAGCAGCGAGCAGUGUGCACCCUGCAGGAGGGGGAGAGUCGUAUCUUCACCUGCUGGGUCCCCCGGCCAGUCCCCGGUGCCACACUGGCCUGGUACCUCAACGGUCAGAAAAAGGAAGUCAACCUCUCGACUGCGGACACUGCCAGCAUCCUCACCCUCACUGGCCAGCGCUCUGACCACCAGCUCAACUGCUCCCUGACCAACCUGAACUCCAGUGAGACCUACAACACCUCCAUCCUUCUCAAUGUGCAGUGUAAGACCUGCGGUGCCGGCCUGCUCCAGACUGGGAUGUGGGGAGGGCAUGUGGGGCUCCCAUCCAGCUCGGGCAGGACCAUAACCCACACCCAUCACAGCCAUAGCAGGGCAGCAUCUUGUCAGUCCUGUGCUAACGAGGUAGAUAAGCACUCCUGGACCCAAGCGAAACAAAUCCUGUUCCUAGCUUUGUUGCCCCUAUCCCUCUUGCCCAUCUCACUGCCUGUUUUUUACCCAGAUAAGCCAGGGAUCCUGCAGGAAGGCACCCACUACCAGCAGGUCAAGGGUGCUGGCCUUCUCCUGGUGCUCUUUGUGCUGGUGCAAGCCAACCCACCCAGCAGCAUCACCUGGGUGGACCAAGAUGGACAUGUGAUGGCAAACACCUCCAAGUUUCUCCUGCUGGGUGCCACGAGCUAUCCAGGGCUGGCCAACCACACAUUCCACAUCCAUCUCAGCUGCACAGCUGGAAACCUCUCUGUCAGUGCAGCCAACAGUGUGGGCAUCACCACUGCCUCCCUCCUGCCCACAGGUCUGCUGGAUGCCCGUGUGGAGCUGCCUGCCUUGGGUGUUGCCAUUGGAACAGCCCUGGCCAUAGCUGCCCUGCUCAGCCUGGGCUCCUGUGCUGCCUGCCUGGCGUGCCGCUUGCCCAAGCUUGUGAGAGGUCCAGGGCAAGCAGGAGGGAAUGGCCCACCCAGCCAAUGCUCCCACUGCAGCAGCUCUGAGCCCCCGCAGCCCCAGAGCACACGUCUGCCCCGCCAGACCCAGUCCCUGCCACCCAACCUGCGCCUUGGUGACCUCACACAGGAAAAUGGAGCUUCCCCCAAGGAUGCAGGAGCCAGUGCUAGGGGAGAAGAGAGUGCCCUGCUGGGACUGGAAAACUCCCUGGUCCUCAGCAAACCUGGUAAGGGGAGUAGGUGGGCAAGCAGCCCCAAAACAUGUUGUGGGACAUGGAACUCCGUGGCUGCCUCAACAGGCAAUGAGUUCUUUGUCCUGCAGGUUUUGUCCAGCUCCCAGUGUCCGGGCGCAUCUACAAAGUGCCCAGCAUGAGCAGUGAUGAGAUCUGGCUGUGAGCUGCAGUGUGGUGCCAGAGAGCCAGGGCUGCCCGGCACCAGGUACGUACCAGCCCCUGGAGCCCAGCAGCUGAGGGUGCCAGGAAGGCUGUGAUGGGAAGUGAGAGCAAACCAGCCCCAGCUCUGUGCUGUGCUAUGCUAUGCAGUGCAGGGCUUGGGAGCUGUGCUGUCAGCCAGGGCAUGGUUUUAUGUAGUCCAUGAACUUUACCAAUAUUCUGUUAUGAUCAAAAUGCAUCAAAGCUGUUUAUAGCCAGGUUCUAGCACUGCAGUUCCUCCUAAGGUAAAGCCAAGCACCAGCUUUGCUUUAGCAGGUUUGUGACUUGCUGCAUGAUCCUCUUUGCCCCUGUCCCUGCUGCUGUGGCAGACGGGUGGGAGGUUGGCGGAGCAGGGACCGGGGAGAACCAUCCCAACAGCAAUAAACCGAAUUCACGCAUCUGUGUGGUGCCGACAGGUUAUUUCUGCUUGGCAGCAGUGACGGGACUGUUCUCAACAGGAAAGGGGGUUCAAUAACAAGGA